GACUUGGAUAAGAAAGGAGCUUCCGUUCCCUCUCCCGCGCUCCCCCACUCUCGUGGUGGCGGUAGUGAUGGCGACAACGUCUUGCUGCUCGGCGCUCCUCCGGCCGCUGCGGCCACCGUUGGCGGCGGCUCUGCACUCUCCUUCUCCGCCAAAGCGGUUUCUUCCUAUCUGCUCAUCUUCCUCCAAGGUUCUCCGGACGCGCGUGCCCCGGCGCCUCGUCUCGCUCUCCCUCGUCCUCUUCCAUUUUCUCUCCUUCGAUAAUGGCGCUAUGGCUGGCAGCAUAUGGGACAAAUAUGUGAAGAAGAAGAAGCUUGAACCACUGGAUGCCUAUGUUCCUGCAGUUAUUUUGAGCCAAUCUCAAUUAAGGGAUCUGGAAACAUCUUUGGAGCUCGAUAAGCCAAAGUAUGCAGAUUGUAGAUCCCUUUUGCGCUCGGGACCUGCUGCAUCUCUUCGUGUAAAUAUAAGAGUGGUUGCACAAUAUGCAUCAGAAGAUGGUAAAGGCAAGACUGCUUCUGAUUCUGUGGAUCAAUGCCUCAGGGCCUUGGAGGAUCUUGAUUCACUGCUGUUGCGUGCAUCUAGGAGUGACCCUUCAGCUUCAGUGGAAUCGAUGAAGGCCAAAAUAAAUGUUGCUGUGCUGGAGUUAGACAAGUCUCUCUCUCUCCCUCCUUUCCUUUUGCAUGUAGGCUUGUUACAGACUGUGCCAUCUGAGGUGCUUGAUAAAGCUAAAGCCAUAGCAGACGCAUAUAUCACGCCAACCACGCCGCUUUCAGAGGAUGAAGAAGGUGGUGCUCGUAGGUCUGAAAAGUUGGAUCCAGACAUCAAGCAGUUGCAGGAAUUGCUCUAAAGCGUCUAGAUAGCGUGCUUGGAGUUGCAAGACAAUGAAGCCAAGUAGGGUGGAGCCCAGUGGAUGUUCAAUUAUGCAAAUGUCCACAUCUUGACUUCAUCAGCCCAACUUGGAGUUUCCUCACCUGACCCACUUUUGAUUCCCCCUCACUUGGGCUGGCAUCCAAUGAUUUGCCUUCUGAUUUUGCUGCCAACAAUGUCUGCUUCUUUUAAUGAGUCAACAGAAUUGGAGAAAUGCAGGAGCAAUGCGACGCGGGUCCGGCCCUAGACUUGCAA